AUGGACCAGUCAAGUAGUGAGAAUGCGCAAUCACAAACCCAGCGGCCCGGCCACCGUGACAUGAUGUUUUGUCAUGAGUGCGCCGAUGAAUGGUACCGGGAUGAACAUGGUCUGUCCUGCCCAGAAUGCGGCUCAGACUUCACAGAGAUCAUUGAAGAAAACAACGAUCCCCGAGAUAGCAACAUGUUUGGACACGACGGCGACGACUCUGACUCCAUACCUGGUUUUGGACAAGGCCAAACUCGCAAUCCGCACCAUAAUUUGUCGCAGAAUGACGAUCCGGAGGAGGACGACAUUAGCAAUAUUCGAUUCGUACAGACUGCCCCCGGACGCUACAACCUACAAGCUACUGUCACCAGGUCCGUGUCUCCCCACGGAGGCAUGCCGCCAGGAUCCAUAGGCGGCUUCACGGCCAUGCUGAAUGGAUUGACUGGCGCCGGCCUACGGCCGCAGGGCCAGCAACAGACUCCGGGGCAAGGCCAGGGCGAGGGCCUCUUUUCUGGUCCAGGGACCAAUCGGAAUCAGUCUGCCUUCCACGAAUCACAGAACGAAGGUACAGAAGGAGGACCUCAAAUCCGGGGAGGAAGAUUUACAUAUCACGGCGGAGUUCGUCUCUUUCCUCCCGGCGGAAACGGCGCUGGGCGGGCCGAGCCUGUGGACGAGCUAACAAACGUUAUGACAGGGCUCUUUGCCGCGUUUGGUGCACCUCCUGGCCACGUUCACGCCCAUGGCUCUCCUCAAGGUGGAGCCCAGGGCUCUUUUAGUGGAGAGCACACUCAUGGCCCCGGAGAACGGGUCAUGGGCAACCCCAUUCUCAACUUGUUCUCUGCAAUGGGCAUGAUGGUUCCUGGGGCUGGCAACAUGGGAGACUUCGUGUAUUCACAAGAAGGCCUCGACCGCAUCGUCUCUCAGCUCAUGGAACAAACAGCAACCAGCAAUGCACCUGGCCCCGCCACUCAGGCUGAUAUCGACGCCCUACCCCGGAAAGAAGUUACCGAGGAGAUGCUAGGUGAGGAGCACAAGGCUGAGUGCAGUAUAUGCAUGGACGAGGUCAAUAUCGGCGAACAGGUGACUAUGUUGCCGUGCAAGCAUUGGUUCCAUCACCCGUGCAUAUCAGCAUGGCUGCUAGAGCACGAUACCUGCCCGCAUUGCCGAAAGGGCAUCACCAAGGGUGGUCAGGACCAGUCUGGCAACCCUGCUUCAUCGGGCGGUCACGAUGAUCCCACAUCCCAGAUGCCUGGUGCGUUCACUGCGGGUCCACAAUCCUCCAACCAGGGCAACUCGUCUAAUAACGGAGAUGCAGGCUCGGGAAAUGGUGGCAUCAGCGACCGGAUACGAAGGGGUCUGUUUGGAUCUCCACAUUAG